ACAUCCUCUUCACCCUCUCCUCUAGCCAUCCAAAUUUGUUAACUAGGCAAAUCCGAAUGGAAAUCGACCUCAAGUCACCCUCCUUCCGCACUAUGCGAAGCUCGACCAAGCGCGCACGUUCUCCAGAGUCGCCGAGUCCCACAGAACGACCGAUGAAACGACUACUGGUCUCCGUGAACAGUGAUACUUCGGUGCCCCUACUAUCCUCUCUGCCCUCGUACCAGGCGGUGGCCCACGCACAGGCAUAUACGCCAGUUACACCCUCUCUACACCAUGGAAAUGUAAACGGGAGGGAAGAGCAAUGGGUCGCUCAGACGCGAGAGUUGACUAUCGCACCAAACGCGUCGCCUUACGCUCACAGCGACGAUGUAAGCAUGAGCUGCGAUGACGAACCAAUACUACGAUCUCCUCAGGCACGCUCCCUAGUUCCCGCAAUCUCAAUAUCCAUAGACCACGCAUCGCCACACUCUUCCGCCAUGUCUGGGUCACCAUAUUCGCCCUAUCCCCACUUCGACCAUCCAUCACGACCAUCCCCACCAUUACCGAAUCCAAGCUCUCCAUUCCUGACAGUAAACCACCCGUCAGCACCCACGCCCCCACUGGGCAACACUCCCAGUCCCGUUAGCCCGACGGGUCCUCUACCUCCCUCGUUCCUGCGGCAUCAUUCGCCUUCACCUGCUUCGCCGCUCAGCCAAGCUGGAAAUGUGCAGGUAGAUGCGGACCAGACGAUGUGGGAAGAUGUACGGAUGGAGACUCCUCCUGUGCAGCCAGACGGGGCGCACGGUCGACCGAAACCGAAGCCAAGGUUCUCUAUGGGUCCGAGGACGGAUUGUGAGAAGUGCAGGUUGGGCGUGAAGGGGCACUGGGCGCACUUCGAUUGAGGUGAGAGGUAUGGUCUUGGCCGGGGUUCGAAAGUCGUUUCGCCGAGUAUUGCUCGUUUGGGGGCCGGAGGUUCGUUUUGUUUUGCUUUAGUUCUGGUUUUCUGUAUUUUUGGUCCUUAUGUAGUCAGUCGUGCUGAGAGGUUGCUCUGGAGGAAUGUUCGUCGCUUUCAUGCUUUGUUCUUCAUAUACGCACAGCGCUCGUAUUUAUCUGGCAGGUACACGGGACGGUCGUCUGCCACCGUAAUAUUCCAUGCUUCAUUGCGAUAUCAUUGAAUAGGAUAAAUCACCAUGCUCGUAAUCCCUUCUUAAUUAAUGCCCUAUUUUGACACCUUUCCUAUAUUCCUAAGCUGACAAUGGGACAGUCUCGAUUUGGUCUCGAUGUUCGGUAGUCAAUUUGUUCUCAAUGCUGUGUUGAAUGCGCCACACUAUACUUCGUCGCAUACAGACUCUCCGUGUAUAAUCACAUCUAUUCAUCCUAAAU